AUGGACGUGGCCUCCAGACACACAUCGAGGCUACUCCAGUCUUCAACCACCACCCCCAACCUGCUCCUCCUCCAGAACCGCCUCUCCGGCUCCAGCAUAGCAACCGCAACUUCCCUGAACCGCAUCUCCCGGAGAACCCUCACAACUUCCCCCCGCAGACUCGCUCCAGAAACCUCCGUUCUGAGCCUCGCAGCCGCCAACCCGUCACAUGGCGGUGGCCCUCCCACCUACUUUACGAAUCGCACCUCACUCCCCGCCAAUACCAUCAUCCGGUUCGUACCGCAGCAGACGGCAUGGAUUGUCGAGCGGAUGGGCAAGUUCCACCGGAUUCUGGAACCGGGUCUGGCGCUUCUGAUUCCGUUUUUGGAUCGGAUUGCGUAUGUUAAGAGUUUGAAGGAGUCGGCUGUGGAGAUUCCCAGUCAGUCUGCUAUUACCUCGGAUAAUGUUACGUUGGAGCUGGAUGGUGUGCUGUAUACGAGGGUUUUUGAUGCGUAUAAGGCGAGUUACGGAGUCGAAGAUGCAGAAUAUGCCAUCACCCAACUUGCACAGACGACAAUGCGGUCCGAGAUUGGUCAGCUUACGUUGGAUAAUGUUCUGAAGGAACGUACGACGUUAAAUACCAAAAUCACCCAGGCUAUCAAUGAGGCAGCGCAAGCAUGGGGCGUCACCUGUCUACGGUAUGAGAUUCGGGAUUUCCACCCUCCGGAGGGUGUUGUCGAGGCCAUGCAUCGCCAGGUUACCGCAGAGCGUGCGAAGCGCGCGGAGAUCCUCGAGUCAGAAGGUCAGCAACAAAAGGCGAUCAACCUUGCGGGUGGUGAGGCUGAGGCUAUCCGAUUGAGGGCCCAGGCUAGUGCACAAGGAAUCGCAGCUGUCGCCAAGGCCAUUGAGGAUGGUAAAGAAAAUGCUCAUAGCGCCAUGAGCCUUAGCGUUGCAGAGAAGUACGUCGACGCUUGGUCGAAACUCGCGCGCGAGGGUACCGCCGUUGUGGUGCCUGGAAAUGUUGGUGACCUUGGUGGAAUGAUUGCCAAUGCCAUGGCUGUGUACGGCAAGGUCAGUGAGGGCCAGGCAAAGUCCGUCGCGGCCAAGGCUCUCGGAGUGCAGGAGACUUCUGGCGACAAGUCCGAGAAGAGUUCGGAACAAAUAAAGACUGAGCUCGAAGAUUUGGCCGAGGCCGCACAGGAUUGGGAGCCGGCUGCUCAAGCCGGCCAGGAGAAGAGGUGA